AUGGCACUAUUAUCCAACUUCUCAUCACCUGCCCAUCGAUGGCUGAUCAGCGGUUUAUGGACAACCUUUGCCUUGGGUGGAAUGGUAUCUCUUGCUUUGGCUCUUUCGAUGCUCCUAGACUCAAGACUGGCAGAGACCGGGCUCUCCUUUCUCAAAGUAGGUUUCAAAGCGCCUGUAGAUAUAAAUGCUGAUCUGGUCAAGUUCAACUUUUCAACCCUCCUGCCGACGCAGUACCUUUACGACCGUAGCCAAGAUCUGGUCGACAUCCCAAGCGUCACGUUCACUGAUGUUCAACCUAUUUUAUCAAGCUUACCGCCUGUUGUUGGGAGUGCAGCCUCGGAAGUCCAGGCAGCCCAGAGUACCGUACGCUCGGAGCUGUGGACCAUCGCGACGGACGCUGCCGCUGCCAUUCAGUCAGAAGUCGCUGCAACGGACUUGAGAAACUUUGUCUUGGGUGGGAAAAUGAAACCAGGAAUUGCUACCUCCUUCCAUUAA